AUGUCUGCACCUGUCACUCUGUUGGUGUUGUGCUGGGCGUUGAGGCUGAGCUGCAGCGCCAGUUCACCCGAGUGGUUCCAACACAUUUCUACCAGUCUCUUCAAUUUGUCCGGGGACGUUGUGCUCGGAGGGCUCUUUCCCAUCAACCUGCUCACCAGCAACCUCAGCCAGAGGAGGGAGCCUGACAACAUCAGCUGUGAGAGUUUAAAUGAGGACGGACUGGGCCUUUCUCUUGUCAUGAAAUUUGCAGUGGAUGAAAUCAACGCAAACCAAGUUCUGCUCCCCGGCAUCAAGUUGGGUUAUCAAAUCUAUGACACGUGCAGACAAUCUGCCGUCAUCGUGAAGCCUACCAUGUCUUUCCUCACUGCAAAAUCCAACAAUGCGCUAUCUGUUUUGUGCAACUACACCAACUAUGAGACCAGCAUAUCGGCUGUAAUCGGUCCCUAUAGCUCGGAAAUGGUGUCGGUCAUAGGAAAACUCCUGGGAUUCUUUCUGAUGCCACAGAUUAGCUACGGCGCCACCAGUGACAAAUUCAGUGACAAGCUCCUCUACCCGUCGUUCUUCCGUACGGUGCCCAGUGACAAGUGGCAAGUGGACGUCAUGGCGCUUCUGUUGAGGGAGUUUGACUGGAACUGGGUGGCACUGGUGGGCAGUGAAGAGGAGUACGGACAACGAGGUGUGCAGGAGUUCUCCAAAAAAGCAGAAAAAAUGUCCGUCUGCGUGGCCUAUCAGGGGCUGAUUCCAGUGUACGCUGACCCUGCACCAGCUAUCAAUACCAUCAUCCAAAACAUCAAAGAAACCAAAGUCGGAGUUGUUGUGGUGUUUUCUCUUGUAGAGCCUGCUGUGAGGUUUUUUAAAGCGGUCAUCAGGGAGAACAUAACGGCUGUGUGGAUUGCCAGCACAAGUUGGGCUAUCAAUAAUCAACUGGUUUCCCUCCCCAAUAUGAAAUCAGUCGGUACAAUCAUUGGAUUCACUGAUGACACAGAGACCCUGGAUCUGCUCCCUGCCUACACGCAAGCACUCUUCACCAAACUGAGUGAGGAGAGGGCAAAGACACCUCCUCCAGCACCAAAGUCCAAAGGCAACCCUGACAAUCCCUGCCCACAGUGUUGGUUCUUGUCAAAGGAUAAUAUCAGCCUGGUAACAAACGCUGUAGUGAAUCACACAGCUUUCAGUGUGUAUGCUGCCAUCUACAGUUUGGCACAGGCACUGCACAACCUGCUGAGAUGCAAUUCAACUGCAUGUAUGCAUGGGCCUGAAACCAAAGUAUAUCCCUGGGAGCUGUUGGAGGCUUUAAAGAAUAUGUCUGUAAACAUAAGUGGCAAACAUUUAGAGUUUGACAGUAACGGCAACCCAAACAUCGGAUACAGGAUGAUUGAGUGGGUCUGGAACGGUUCGAAGGUCAACUUCACAAAUGUUGGAAGCUUUCAUGACCAACAACUGACCAUCAACAAGACCCUCUUCAAAUGGCACACUGACAACUCUCAGGUUCCUGAGUCCAAAUGUUCAGCAGACUGUGACAAAGGCCAGGUCCACAGAGUCAAAGGCUUCCACUCCUGCUGUUUUGACUGUAUCGACUGUUUGCCAGGCACUUACCAGAAAAACAAAGAGGACAUCCAGUGCACUAAGUGCCCUGAGCGUCAAUGGUCUCUAAACCGCAGCACUAAAUGCACUGACCCCACCUUUGUCGUUUUGUCCUGGGACACGUCUGAGGCUCUGAAGAUGACGCUGGGUGGGCUGCUGCUCCUGGUAUGUCAGGUGUCAGUGGGUGCUGUGUUCCUGAGAUACAGAGCGACCCUGUUGGUAGCGGCCUCAGGGGGAGUCCUGAGUUUUGUGGCUCUGCUCAGCCUGAUGGGAGCUUGCCUCAGUCUGGUGCUCUUCUUGGGACAGCCGGGGGACGCGGUGUGUCGUCUGCAGCUGCCCCUCACCUCCAUUUUCCAAACAGUGGCCCUCUCCAUCAUCACAUCCAUCUCACUACAGAUACUCUACGUGACAGAGUUUCCAAAGAAAGCCGCCUCUCACCUCCACAUACUGAGAGGCCCUGGGAGCUGGCUGUUUGUGCUGGUCUGCUGUGCUGUGCAAGCUGGUCUCUGUGGCUGGUUUGUUCAGGAAGGGCUCUCGCUGUCUGAAUAUGUGGCACAAAUUAAUAUAAACUUUGUGGAAUCUUUUCUGGCAUGUCCAGUGUCACCCUUGCAUGGAUUUGCUGUAAUACAAGGUUUCAACGGUACCUUGGCCCUCAUAUCCUUCAUGUGCACCUUCAUGGCAGCAAAGCCUCUUCAUCAGUACAACCUUGCCAGGGACAUCACCUUCUCCACCCUCAUCUACUGUGUGUUCUGGGUGACCUUUAUUCCAAUCUACAUUGGUUUGAAUGAAAAGAACAAGUCUAUUGCCCAUGUUUCAUUCACCCUGGCAAGCAACUUGGGACUGGUGGUGGCCUACUACUUCCCAAAAUGCUACCUGCUGUUGAGAAGACCUGAGCUCAAUACAGCAGACCACUUCUGUACCUUCCUGGAGGGCAUCCCACUAACACAAGCUCAGGAGGAACUACAGCCACGGACAGGGUCUCAGAAAUAA